GAGAUGCCCUCCUCCGCAUUCACAGACCAUCAAUAGCAUCGCUUGCACCCAGCCUUUGCUCAUCACUCAAACUCUCUAUCUCGACGUCGGCAGCAUCUGUCUUUUGACCGACCGCCACUUUGCAAUUCCUGGUGUCUAGCGCAACCCACAGCUUUGCACAACUCCUCUUCCGCCUCCACAUUCAGCCAACCUCCACUUUCCGACGCCAGCCAUGUUCAACCAGAACUCGUACGGCCAGUACUCGUCCUCGUCAGGCGGUGGCGAACCGCUCGCAUUCUACCAGGGCGGCUCAAACUACGGUGGAUAUGCAAGCCAGCCAAGUGGGGGAAUGGGGUCGAUGGGGUCUAUGGGCGGAGGAGGGUACGCGAGCGGAAACAUGGCGAGCGGGCGAAUGUCGAUGGGCAGCGAGGGAAGGUGGUGGGAGGCGUUUGGAACUGGAGGUCUUGAGGGCGAGCCAAGUUUGAUGGAAGAACUCGGUAUCGACCCGGGACACAUCCUGCAGAAGUCACUCACGGUGCUCAACCCAUUGGGCAAGGUGGACACGCACAUUAUGGACGACGCGGACAUGGCUGGCCCUCUUGUCUUCUGCUUUGCAUUCGCAUUCGUGUUACUCCUUUCUGGCAAGCCACAAUUCUCGUACAUCUACGGAGUAGGGUUGUUGGGCACCAUAUCGAUCUACACAUUGCUCAAUCUCAUGAGCGACUCGGGCAUCGACGCGUACCGCACAGCGAGUGUGCUGGGAUACUGCCUGCUGCCGAUGGUAGGACUCGGUGGACUCGGCAUCGGGCUAGGCAUGGACACGGCCGUCGGCGGCAUCCUGAGCAUCGUGAGCGUAGUGUGGUGCACGUACGCCGCGAGCACAAUUUUCGUGGCCGUUCUCCGCAUGGAUCGUCAACGCCUCCUUGUCGCGUACCCAGUCGGCCUGUUCUACGGGUGCUUUGCGCUCCUCAGCAUUUUCCAGGUCGCUAAGUAGAGGUGUAAGAUGCAGUCAUCGCAUAUCA